AUGCUUCUGGGACGCAACCGAGUCCUGACUUUGUACGCUCUUUUGGCUACUAUCUGGCUGUCUUUGUUCCAGCUUUGUAGACUUUAUACCUACUACGAUCCGUCGUCCUUUUUCUACGAUUCCCAAAAAGCUUACGAAACGCGAUACACGGACCUGAGAGUAAAGGAAGCCGACCACCUCCUCGAUAUGAUCGACAACGCUUCAAUCGACGAUAAGAUAUCGUAUACCAACUCGUUAAACACUGAUUUUAGCACACGAGGUCAAGAAAAGAGAAUAUGUGUCGGAAUUCCCAGUGUCAAACGAGGGAAACAACAUUUCCUGCCGAGAACCCUAGCGUCCCUGAUGGAGGGCAUCGAUGCUAGAGAAAGAAACGCCCUUCGCAUUGUCGUCUUACUAGCCGAUGAUGACCCGUCAAGUCAUCCAGCGUUUGGUCAAAGGUGGCUUCAUCAACUAGCUGAUGAAAUUCUAUUGUAUGGCAAUGAUUCCUCUCCGUUAGUGCCCGGUUCAUAUCGCUACGUGCAACCUAUCAAGCUGAAGGGGGACAAAACGCUAUCGAGAAACGACCGAGUACACCGUGACUACGCGACCCUGAUGGAAGAUUGCCGCAGAACGGGAGCAGGGUACUUCGCCCUUAUGGAAGACGAUGUCAUCGCUGCUCGUCACUGGGCGAGUCGGCUACUAGACGGCUUAACAUACCUCGAACGCACUGAUAACACGGGAAAGUGGCUUUACCUCCGACUUUUCUACUCAGAAACAUACCUCGGCUGGAACUCAGAAGAAUGGCCCGAAUAUCUUGUCCGUUCGCUAUGUUUCUACACCAUAGUACUCUGCUUAUACCUUGUUGUUAUUACAGUGGACAUGCGCCGACGGUCUAACGUCUCCUAUCUCAUGGCUCAUAGACAUGAUGUACUCCAUUUGACAUUCUGGGCAGUCUCUUUUAUCAUUCUCUACUUCCUGGCUGGUAGACUAACUGUGGAUCCUUACAAGGAGGGCAUUUGGGAAAUGCCCAACUAUGGCUGCUGUGCACAAGGUCUUGUCAUGCCAAAGCAGCAUCUCCAUGAUUUGGAAAAUGCGCUGCAUGCAGCUUCGAACGAAAUUGCGGGUGACUCUCUUAUCGAGAAGUUCGCGGAUGACCGAGUCUUAAAGAAGUAUGCUUUAGUGCCAAGUGUCUUGCAGCACGUGGGUAUCAAGGGUUCUUCGGAUGCUCAAGGGAGCAAGAAGACCACGUGGAAUUUCAAUUUUGAGAGGGUUGUCUAA